CCAUAUUAAAGACUUGCUGCUGUUUUCUCCGUGUCGCUGUUGCCAUCUUUCUGUUUCCAGCUGGACUCAGAGAGACCAGAGAGUAGCAAACAUACCUCCACAAUGGAAAUCGACACACUUCUGGGAGCAUUUAGAGAUUUCGAGAAGAAAGGAGAAAAGGAAACCUGCCCAAUUUUGGAUCAGUUUCUAUUGCAUGUUGCAAAAACAGGAGAGACCAUGAUUCAGUGGUCUCAGUUUAAAGGUUACUUCCUCUUUAAACUGGAGAAAGUGAUGGAUGAUUUUAAAGCCUCAUGUCCAGAGCAACGGGGACCUGCCAAUCCAAACGUUGAGUACAUUCCCUUUGAGGAGAUGAAGCAGAGGAUUCUCAAAAUCGUCAAUGGAUACAACGGGAUUCCUUUCACCAUUCAGCGUCUUUGUGAGCUUCUUACUGAGCCAAGAAGAAACUACACAGGAACAGACAAGUUCCUCAGGGGUAUGGAGAAGAAUGUGAUGGUGGUCAGUUGUGUGUAUCCUACCUCAGAGAAAAAAGUGUCAGGUUGUGUGAACAGAAUGAAUGGUGUCAUGUUCCCUGGCAACACUUCAGCGUUUCCAGAUAGAAAUGUGAAUGGUCCAGGAACACCCAGGCCACUGAACAGACCAAAACUCUCCCUGUCCAGCAGUGUAGCUACCAACGGUCUUCCUGACAGCACAGAAAGCAAAGAACAAGCAUCAGAGCAAUCAGACAGAACAGUCAAUGAGUCUUCAGCAUCAGAAGCAGAAGGUUCACAUAGUGGUCCAGUGAAGAGUAAACAUCGUGAAGAAGAAGAUGAUGCUACAAACACUGAGAUGCACGAAGCGAAGAGACUAAAGUUUGAAAAAGAGGAAGAGGAUGACAAUGAGGAUGGAAGGGAGAAAGAGCUGGAUGAAAAGCAGUCACCCUGCACAUCGGCAGCAGAGAGUUCAUCAGAUGUACUGCAGUCCUCAUCAGACGUCACUGCGGAGGUGAAGGAUAAUAAACCUGACGAAUUCGUCACUGAAGACCAAGAACCCUCUAGUACACAGUCAGAGGUCGUAGAAAACAGGGUUGAGAAAUCUGCUUCGGACGAUUCACCCGACCCUUCCCACAAUCAGGCGACUGGCAGCGAAUCAGAUCUACCAGAGCAGCGGUCGGAGAGGGAAGAGAGCGCCGAGGCUCAGGAAACGGACGAGAAAAAUGACCCAGUCAGCAGUAGCAGCAAUAACAGCAGUGACGAGGAAGUGUCCAGUGCAGAGACUCCAUCUGCAAGUCCCAGCAGUUCCACAGAGCUGACAGCAGAGGGCAGUACCACUGCAGAAAUCAGUUCGGACAGCUCAGAGACUGCGGAUGACACCAUGGAGCAAGACUGAAGUUUGGCCGCACAUUAUUGAUUUUUACACUCUACUGUACAAACCCCCAAAAAUCACUUAUCCUGCAAGUUUAGCAGAUCCUGUAUAGACCAGGAGAGGAGGGCAUUCUGGUGACGUCUCCAAAGACCUCUCAUGACACAUCUACUCCUUAUGACCCUUCUUAAGGCAUCUUCUCUUAAUAUGGGCUGUUCUCCUAAGAACAACUAAAAAAACUGGAAGCUCAUCUUUCUGGUGGUUGAGCGGAGCGUUUGCCAUUGAAUAACUCGAAAGCCUUGUGUCCUUGGUGGUUUUCUGUAAUCCUGUUCUAAUCAUGGGCGUUCAUCAACUCCACUUCAACACGUUUUAAAGCUGUCGGGCAAAACACCUUUAAUUUCUCAUCAAUCUCUCUCCUGCUCUACAACGAGUGAACAGGUGGCAAAUCUUUGGUUUGUGUGAAUGUGUGCGUAUGUUUUUAGGGGUGAGGGGUGUGUGUGCACUUCCUUUAGUUUAGUUCAGUCAACGGAUGAUCUCAGGAUUCCCGUCGACCGGCAGACCAGUGUCUCAACAUUCCAGGAGAACACCCCUUUUCCCUCAUAUUGCCUUCUGCAUUCAUCUGCUGGCUUGUAGCACAAAGUGCUCAAUAGCAGCAUUAGACCGAUUUCCUUUCUUUGCCAUUUCUUUUAUUUUUAGGUCCUUUGAUUUUAACUGCCUUCCCAACAUAGCACUGACAUGUAUUAGUCCACUGAUGCUGGUAAAUAGAUUCUAAAAUGGACUAAUGUGAUUUUCCAUGCACUAGAUACUCGAGUGCUGUUGGUUGCAAUGUGUAACUUAAUAUAGUGAGCCUGUCUUUUCAGCUGACAUAAUAUGCUUAACCACUAUUUGAGCCAUCCUUUUUUGUUAUAAGAUUUUCAUUUUGUUUCAUCAAACAAUGGCAAACAGUUGUAUAAAGGUUAAAAUGAGCAACACUGUCAACACCAACAUCUCUUAAACUGUACUUUUCAUGCUUCCUACAGACAUGUAUACAGGCUGUUCUACCCAUACCUAUUUCCACAGCUCCUUUUUGAUAUGUAGAAUUUUUAAAUUAGAUUUUGUAGAUUAUAAGUGUUCACUGCUUAUGUGAAAAGUGAAAUUGUAUGAUCUCAAUGUGAACUGAAUGCUUGGGCUUUCAACAGUAUUCCUGAAGAGCAAUAAAUGUUCACAAUAAAAGCAGUGAUAUGCUUAAUCUGUGA